GGGUUAAAGUCCUUCUGCUUUGACUGCCAGGAUUGGAUCUGUGUCACAAACACCGUCCUCGUGGGCGGGGACCAGCCCAUAAUGCUCCUUUACCUAAAGCUCAGUCAACAACAUUCCAUAUUAUUUGUGCUUGCAUGAGGAGCGUGAACACCACGGUGUUAUCUGCAGGGCUAAGCACUGUCAACAGCAGAACAAAUGUCUCUUUGGCACGAUUUUGUUCUCAUCUUUUUCUCUAAUCCCACCACUUUGUUGGGGUUGGUGGCUCUCCUGCUCAUCCUCUAUCUUGUAUCCAGUAGUUUAAUCACCAAGGAAAUAGGGAAGGGGCCCCCAGGACCGAGGCCUCUUCCCCUGCUUGGUAACCUGUUGCAGCUUGAUCUCAAGAGACCCUACAAAACCCUCUAUGAGCUUUCAAAGACAUAUGGGUCUGUGUUUACGGUAUACUUUGGAACCAAUAAAGUGGUGGUGCUGGCUGGAUACAAGUCAGUAAAGGAUGCUCUGGUCAGCAAUGCAGAAGCGUUUGGAGAAAGAGAAAUCUCCCCUAUUUUUUAUGACAUGAAUGAAGGUCACGGAAUCCUGUUUGCAAAUGGAGAAUCAUGGAAAGAGCUGAGACGUUUUGCCCUCAGCACCCUGAGAGACUUUGGCAUGGGCAAAAGAAUAGCGGAGCAAAAAAUCCUAGAGGAAUGCCACCAUCUGACCCAAAUGUUUGAAGAUCACAAAGGGAAACCAUUUGAUACAGCGCGCCUGUUGAAUUAUGCAGCAUCCAAUAUCAUCUCCUCUAUCGUGUAUGGCAGCAGAUUCGAAUACAAUGACCCCAGAUUCAAGGAAAUGGUCAGAAGAGCCAACCAGUCCAUAUGCAUUGUUGGAUCUGCACAAAUCCAGCUCUACAACAUGUUUCCCAGGCUGGUCAGUUGGAUAAAUAACCGUCAGCUGAUUUUACGAAAUGUUGAGAUGACCAUAAGAGAUGUCAAGGCUUUAGUCAAGAAUCUGAAAGAGACUCUGAACCCUAGCGUCUGCAGAGGGCUUGUCGACCGUUUUCUGAUUCGGAAGGAGAAAGAAGAAGACUCUUGUGUGAAGGACACUCACUACAACGAGAAGAAUUUGAUAUUUACAAUAACCAACCUGUUUUCUGCUGGUACCGACACUACAGCAACUACACUGAGAUGGGGUUUGCUGCUUAUGGCUAAAUAUCCGCAUGUACAAGACCAGGUCCAGGAGGAGAUGAGCAGAGUGAUAGGAAGCCGUCAGGCAGGGGUCGAAGACCGGAAGAACCUGCCGUACACUGAUGCUGUCAUCCAUGAGAUACAGAGACUGGCCAACAUUCUCCCCAUGGCCAUUCCUCAUAAAACCAGCCGAGAUGUCACCUUCCAAGGAUACUUCAUCAAAGAGGGGACUACUGUGCUUCCUCUUCUUACUUCUGUCCUGUAUGAUGAGAGUGAAUGGGAAACACCACACACUUUCAACCCUUCCCACUUCCUGGAUAAGGAGGGUAACUUUUUCAGGAGAGAUGCCUUCAUGCCAUUUUCUGCAGGUCGCAGGGUGUGUCUGGGGGAGAGUCUGGCCAAGAUGGAGCUGUUCCUCUUCUUCACCUUCCUCCUCCAGCGCUUUCGUUACACUCCUCCACCUGGAGUUACAGAGGAUGAACUGGAUCUCACUCCAGCUGUGGGCUUCACCCUCAGCCCGUCACCUCAUGAGCUGUGUGCCGUUAGACGCCAAUGAGUAAUGGAGCUAGGGCACUGCAUUAUAACUGCUUGUAAAAAUGAAUUGUGUUUAACUGUUAUUAAUCAGCUAGCAUUUGUCCUAUUCUCAUGAAGUUGUCUGAAAUUGUAUUUUAGAAAUAAUGUUAUGUUACUAUAACAUUUUUAGAACUGCCUCUUCAUACAGCUGAUACCUCAUGUUUAUCUUCAAUGUACAAUCAAGUGCAUUUAUUUACCAAUCUUAUAUUUUUGUCACCAUUUUUUACCUUGAAAAUAAAUACUUGGGUGGGGUAGGUAAGUUUGAGAAACCUGAUUGAGAUACUGAGCCGGUUAAGAGCAUUCCAUGGAAUAUAACAAAAAGUGUAUCUCGAGCCGGUUUCUCAAACUUACCUACCCCACCUUUAAUAAUUAAAAGAAAAUUCUGGAUUCAAGCGUUGUGCUUCUGCUUGCUAACUUGCUAAAAAGUACACACAGGUCCUUGAUCAGUUGAUCAUUCAUUGCUGCCCAUUGUAGGCCUACUUCUCUAGAAAUAAAAGGACUAUUUUGUUUGCAUACAGUAAGCACAGUGUAGGUUGAUUUAAAUAGGUUUAUUUUGUGCCGUUGAGAUGGUGGUGAAGAACUUAAGAUAGCUCUCAGCCUAAAAGCAUCCAAGAACUUUGAGUGAAUUGAGAAAUGCUGUUUGUUUGUUUGUAACAAAUGCUUAACUAGCCAAAUAGUCCCACCAAAUAAACACUAAGAUUUUUGUGACCAGC